UUUUCAAAGUUAAAAUUUUGAUUAAUUUAGUUAAGCAAAAGCAUCCAGAUGAGAUUUUAGAUAUCUGGCUUACAUGCGGGUUCAGAUUAUAAAAUUAACUUAGGUUUUCUUUGUAAAAUUAUAAAAUAUGAACGAAAUAAGCAUCAACCAAUGCAAUAGUGCCUCCAUUGUAGUGGUUAAAACCAAUGUGCAUGGGAGAAAAGUAAUUCAGAAGAGUCAAAGGAUUAGGAUCCUGAAGAACAUCCUUUCUAUGAGUGCUACUUAUAGUCUGCCGUUUAACCGCCUUCUAUGAUUAGAAGCCCGCUUCCACGGGCUCUCUAAAGAGCGUCUUUGAGACCAGUUGAGCGAAGUUUACUCCUCCCUUCGAGAAGACCAUAAUUUUUCCAGCAGCCAGGGUCUGGAGAAUCUUGAAAAAGAGGUUCUUUCCAAUUCCAUAACAAAGAUGAAGCCUAACGCCUUGGACUUAGGUGAGAACAUUUUACAUCAAUGCGGAACAGCUAGGAAAGAGUCAUCUUCCAUGAAGGAGCUCCUUGACGAAAAUUCUUCGUCACUAAAAAGUCAAGAGUGUAAAUCUUCCAACUCUUCAUUAUCAUCUACUAGUAAAAAUGGAGGAAGGAAGAGGAAGUUGAAGGAGAGUAGGAAAAAGGUAAAGGAAAGAGGACAGAGGAGCAAGAGACAGAGACAAAGCUCUUCUUCAGCUGAAGAUACCUUGAAUAGCCCCUCUCAAGAAAUCCCUGUCAAGUCCAAGUUAGAGGAGUCUCCUUGCUCAGUGAAGGAUAUACUCCAAUCUAAGAUGCAUCACCUAGAAAUAAACCAAACUUGAGGAAGAAAGGAAAUGAAAGAUGAAAUAAUGGCGGAUGGGAAGAGCAAGCCAACCUCUCUACUUUUUGGUCAGUCUUGCUUGGUAAACUCAGAAGAGGAAAUACUCAGAAUUCGUCAGGAGAAUACUAGGCUCCAGAAACUUCUAGAAGACAAAGAAGCAUACAUCCAGAAGAUCCUGAACGACCAAGAUGCCAAGCAGAAGGAAAUUGAGAAACUUCGUUACUUCAUCCAGCGGACUGAAAAAGACAGAGAGCUUAUAGAGCAAGAUUUAGAGAAGAGUGAAGCUAAGAGGAAGACCUGCAAACUAUCCCUUGCUAAAUACCUCAGAGAUCUUCAGGAGAUACAUAACAGAGAGAUGAAAGCCAAAGUAGCUAAGAAGUCUGUUAGCAUCGGCCAGAUGAUACAUAAAAGAAUUGGCGAGAAUUUUAAACAAGUUUGGGAAGACGGAGACGAAGUUCUCAAACUCAAAGAGCAACUCUCUGAAAUUAUCAAGGAGAAAGAAAGCCUCGAGAAGAUUAAAAGAAGUAAGAAAUGAAGAAACAUCAUUGAGAAGGCAUCUACUAGCGGCCUUGAAGACCAUAAGGCAGAGGUAGACAACCUUUUCAACGUCGAUAACACUCUGGAACUCACCCAAGGUUUGUUUAAGAUAGAAGAGAAUGAGCAGAAGGAAUUUCUAACAUUUAAGAUCAACAUGAAGCAAAAAGAAGAAGCUAGAAUCAGAGAGCUUCUAGAGAACAUGAAGAAAGAGAAAACAUUGCUAUCUAAUGAGAUGAGGAGACAAAAUGAAGAACUCAAUAGCACUCUUUGUGGAAAGAAGGCUGAAGAAAAAUUCAAAAUAUUAGACAAUCAAUACCUUGUCCUCUCACUUUUAGGCAAAGGUGGCUACUCUGAAGUGUACAAGGCUUAUGACUUGGAGAACUGUAAAGAAGUAGCAUGAAAGAUACAUAGAUUUGAUGAAAGAUGGAGCAGAUCAAUGCAGGCUAAUUAUAUAAAGCAUGCGUUACGAGAAAACGAAACACAUCAGAAGUUGUCCCAUCCACGAAUCGUAAGACACUACGACACCAUUGAGAUUGAUGAAAAUUCAUUUUGUACUGCUUUAGAGCUCUGUAGUGGUCCAGAUUUAUCUGAAUACUUGAAAAUAAAUGGACUGAUUUGUGAGAAGGAAGCUAGGCUUAUUAUAAAUCAAAUAUUAAGUGGGCUAAAAUACCUGAACGAGCACAAUCCGAAGAUCAUUCAUUACGACUUGAAGCCUCAGAACAUCCUUUUCAAUAACGGAGAGAUUAAAAUUUCCGAUUUUGGACUGUGAAAAGUUAUGGAAGAGAACACUGAAAGAGUCGAGUUGACCUCUCAAGGAGUCGGUACAUAUUGGUAUCAGCCACCAGAAUGUUUUCAAAUUGGUCCAAAUCCUCCACUCAUCUGUUCUAAAGUAGAUGUGUGGAGUCUCGGUGUUAUUUUCUACGAAAUGCUAUAUGGGAUCAGACCCUUUGGACACGAUAUGAGUCAGCAGAGAAUCCUAGAGAGCGGCGCGAUACUAAAAACUGGAAAGUUAUUAAAGUUUCCAGUAAAGCCAAAUGUUUCGAACGAGUGUAAGGAAUAUCUGAAGAAAUGUCUAGCUUACUACCCUACUGAUAGGUUUAGCGUAGAGGAAGCUUACAACAGUGACUACCUUAGACCAAAGAAAUAA